UGCAGCACGCAGCACCCAACCAGCCAACCAGCCAGCAGUAGUAGUAGCGACGACGGCAAUACACGUAGCAACCAGCCAGCUAGCCAGCAAGCAAGACAAAAGCAGCAGUAGUAGCCCGUAGCUCCUUGGCCUAUCUAUCCGGUGACAAGUCAGUUGAGUCAGUGGAAGACUGAAGGUGCGCCACCCUGUUCCAGAGACUACCCGGACGAGCGUGUCCGGUGCCGGGCCAGUCAGCGUCACGUCCUGUCACAGUGCGAAGAACCCACUAGGGUGUGCCCAUCCCUAGCUGUUCUGGCGUCGCCGUCCCACGUCGCCGUCGAGCUGCUGUUGUUGUUGUUGUUGUGGUCUUCGACGCGGUCUGGUAUAGCAGCAACAGCAAUCCAAAUCCUUCGCGUAGCGCGUGUGAUCGGUUUGCAGGGCUCGAGCUUGAGAUCCACCAAUGUGCACAACGCGAUCCUGCCAGUAACCAGCCAGCGGCCAGACCUGCGCCGGUUCGUCCUGUCGUCGAGUCCAUCCCAAGCGCGGGCAGCGGAAGGGCUGCAAGAGAGCAGUAGCAGAGUAGAGUAGAGGUGCGAGCUGCCUGCCAAUGUCGGUGUCGUCGGUGAUGUGCAUCCGAGGAGCCGAGUAGUGGGGCCUUCGCUCUCGCUUUAUCCCCAGAGAAGCCUACACACCCAAUCAGCCCACCAGCCCAGAACAGACCGGACCAGACCGGACGCCCGCACCUAUCGCCCGCUUACCCUGCCCACCAAGAGUCUCACGGGGCACGGGCUGGAUUCCCAGAAACGAGCGAGCAAAAAGCACAUAGUGUCCGCGCUCGUGUGCGUGUGUGUAAUACUCCGGCUGUUUGAGACGCCAUGAGUGCGCGGUGUCGGUGUGCGUGCUGUCCGCGAUAAGAGCCUCGAAGUCACCACCCGGGGGUGCGAUCCGUGUGUGUGAGUGUGUGUGUGUUUGGCGAAAGGCAGAGUGCAGCUCCCUUUCUCUCCAUCCCUCGCCCGAUCGUUCGCUCGUUCGCUCUCCUUCUUUCUCCAAUCAAACCCCUUGUUAUAACGCCCGCGCGCGCGCGUGCGUGUGUGUGUGUUUGUGUGUGACGCAGAACCGGAACAGGACGACGGACUGAGCAUCCGCAACAAUCAACCGGGAAUCUCGAGCUCCAGCUUCAGCACCGACGACGACGUCGACGACGACAACUACGACGACGACGGCGGCGGCGUCGGCUGCGGGCCAGCGGCUGUCACCAUGGCGUACGGUACAUCACCGGGCGAGGACGACGAUCAAUACCGGGUGCCGCUGAUAGCGAAGCUGCUGCACGCCCUGCCCCACUACAACAUCUCCUUUCAUCGCAUCAACAACACGUUUCGCCCAUCAAACGAAGUUUAUCUCGAGAGUCUCGGCAUACUCGGCUCGAUACCGGCGGCCCUGCUCAUCGUCUCGCUGUUCGGGCUGCUGCUCUACCUGCUGACGCGCUGCUGCGACCGGAAACCCCGCCCAGCGCACUCGAUCACCAGCCUGAAGGUGACGCUCUCGAUCGUGACGGUGCUGUGCUGCGCGGCGAUCGGUCUCGGUCUCUACGGCAACGAUGAUCUGCACAAUGGGCUGCUCGAGGUGCUGCAGGCCGGCCGCAAGGUGGACGAGGUCGUCUCGUCCGUGCGCAACAAAACGUUCAUCCUCGAGAACACGCUCACGAUGAAGAUCCAGCAGCAGCUGACCGAGCUGGAGGACAUCUUCGAUCAGAAGGCGAGCAACCAGACGGCACUGGCCCAGCUGCAGCAGGCGCUGCUAACGGCCAAGGGUAACAUCACGAUCGCGAAGAACGCGGCGAACGAUAUCCGCCGGCCACUGGUCGGUCUCACCAUCAUCGACUUCCUCACGCGUGGCGACCAGUGGGAGCUGAUACGCUGGCCGGGCACGGUCGCGAUCCUGGCGCUGCUGCUGGUGCUGUGCGCGGUACUGCUGGUCGGCGUUGCCCGCCACUCGCGCUGCGCACUCAUACUGUUCAGUGUGUGCGGGCUGCUGGCCGUCACUGGGUCGUGGCUCAUGUCCGGCCUCUACCUGUCGACGUCGGUUGCGGUCGGCGAUCUCUGCAACGAUCCGGCCGACUUCCUGGUGCACCAGGCGCCGCACGAGCUCCCGGCCGACAUCCUGCUCUACUACACGCAGUGUGACAUCUCGCGCUCUAACCCCUUCACCCAGCGGCUCCGCGAGUCCCAGAACGCCAUCAACAAUGCGCGCAACGCGAUGAGCACCGUCUCCAAAAUCUCGCCGGUGCUGUUCAAGAAUGCGGGCCUGGCACCCAAGCUGGGCUCGGUCAAUGCCGACAUCAAGCUGUGCGAGCGGCUGCUGACCGGGCUAACGGCACUCGUCGACUGCCGAGCGGUCCACUAUAGCUACCUCGUGGCGACCCGGGGCCUGUGCGAGUGCGGCUUGCUCGGGCUGGUGCUGAUGCUUGUCGCCAGCUUCAUGGCCGCCAUCCUGCUCACCAUCAUGGUGUGGGUGGACUCGCACACCUGGAUCUACAUCCGCAAAAGGAAUGACUACGCCCAGGUGGAGGAACAAUCGUACGUCUCGCACCAGCUGCAUCCGCAGAACCAUCAAACGCUCAAUACUCGCACACUACCACAUCAUCCCAAAGGACCACCGGUCAUCAGUGGUUCACACACGAUCGGACACCCCGGUCGGAACGCGAAGCACGAGCUGAGUCAGCAACAGCAGCAGCAGCAGCAGCACCAGCAGCAACAGCAGCAGCACCAGCAUCCGGGCAGUCAAGCGCACCAACAGCAACAGCAGCAGCUACACCAUCAGCAGGCACACGCCCAGGCUCAAGCGCACCUGCUGCACCAUCACCAGGCGAUGAUGCGGGCCGGCGGUACGCACACGCUCGGCCGCCUACCCUCGCACAGCAGCCCCACGCACCUGCACGGUCCCAACAAUGGCAAGUACGCCACCCUCAGUAAGCACUGCAAGACGCUCGACGCCAACGACUUCUACUGAAGCUA